GAGCUCACACUGGACCCAAACACAGCACACAGAAAACUCUCUCUGUCUCAGGAGAAGAGAAAGGUGACAUGUAGGGAAGAGGAGCAGCCGUAUCCUGAUCACCCAAAGAGAUUUGAGAACUGUGCACAGGUGCUGUGUAGAGAGGGUCUGUCUGGGCGCUGUUACUGGGAGGCAGAGUGGAGUGGAGGAAGGGUUCAUAUAGCAGUGACAUAUAAAGGAAUCAGCAGGAGAGGAGAGGGUGAUGACUGUAGGCUUGGAUGGAAUGACAAGUCCUGGAGUCUGUUCUGUAGUGAUAACAGAUACUCUGCCUGGCACAAUAAUAAGAGCACUGACAUACCUGUCCCCCCCUCCCGCUCCCACAGAGUAGGAGUGUAUCUGGACUGGCCGGCCGGCACUCUGUCCUUCUACACAGUCUCCUCUGACACACUGACCUACCUGCACACAUUCCACAGCACAUUCACUGAGCCCCUAUAUCCUGGGUUCAGGGUUUGGUCUGACUCCUCAGUGUCCCUGUUGUGA